GUACUGGCAGGAACCAUGGAAUUGACAGCUAGCCUUCAGAAUCAUAAUGAUAAAAAAGGAAAAGAGAUAUUACAACAUUUUUGUGACGAUAAUAAAGAACUCAUACUCAACAAUGUAUCAAAAGAAAAUCUUCAUGAAGAAAAUGUACAGGUAUCAGAAGCAAGUACAGAAGACACUAAGGAAUUGACAGCUUGCACACAGGGCAUUAAUACUGCUGUUAUGUCAGAGAAUGUAAUGACUUUCAGUGGUGAACAACAACGAAUAUGUACCAAUGAGGCAAAAGAAAAUGUCUGUGAAGAAAAAUUUUGUAGGCUUCAGGUGCUCACAGAAGUUAUUGGGUUGCAGACUCCUGACAUAUCAAAAAAGACGUCGUUGGCAGUUGUUAGUGAACAGCCGCAAAUAGGUAUCAGUAUAAUGAAAGACAACGUUCCUGAAGAGAACGUGUGGAGCCUUCAGACAGGGUCAGAGGUUGUAUCUGCAGGAACCAUGGAAUUGACAGCUAGCCUUCAGAAUCAUAAUGAUAAAAAAGGAAAAGAGAUAUUACAACAUUUUUGUGGUGAUAAUAAAGAACUCAUACUCAACAAUGUAUCAAAAGAAAAUCUUCAUGAAGAAAAUGUGCAGGUAUCAGAAGCAAGUACAGAAGAUACUAAGGAAUUGACAGCUUGCACACAGGGCAUUAAUACUGCUGUCAUGUCAGAGAACGUAAUGACUUUCAGUGGUGAACAACAACGAAUAUGUACCAAUGAGGCAAAAGAAAAUGUCUGUGAAGAAAAAUUUUGUAGGCUUCAGGUGCUCACAGAAGUUAUUGGGUUGCAGACUCCUGACAUAUCAAAAAAGAUGUCGUUGGCAGUUGUUGGUGAACAGCCGCAAAUAGGUAUCAGUAUAAUGAAAGACAACGUUCCUGAAGAGAAUGUGUGGAGCCUUCAGACAGGGUCAGAGGCUGUACCAGCAGGAACCAUGGAAUUGACAGCUAGCCUUCAGAAUCAUAAUGAUAAAAAAGGAAAAGAGAUAUUACAACAUUUUUGUGGUGAUAAUAAAGAACUCAUACUCAACAAUGUAUCAAAAGAAAAUCUUCAUGAAGAAAAUGUGCAGGUAUCAGAAGCAAGUACAGAAGACACUAAGGAAUUGACAGCUUGCACACAGGGCAUUAAUACUGCUGUUAUGUCAGAGAACGUAAUGGGUUUCUGUGGUGAACAACAACGAAUAUGUACCAAUGAGGCAAAAGAAAAUGUCUGUGAAGAAAAAUUUUGUAGGCUUCAGGUGCUCACAGAAGUUAUUGGGUUGCAGACUCCUGACAUAUCAAAAAAGACGUCGUUGGCAGUUGUUAGUGAACAGCUGCAAAUAGGUAUCAGUAUAAUGAAAGACAACGUUCCUGAAGAGAACAUGUGGAGCCUUCAGACAGGGUCAGAGGCUGUACCAGCAGGAACCAUGGAAUUGACAGCUAGCCUUCAGAAUCAUGGUGAUGAAAAAGGAAAAGAGAUAUUACAACAUUUUUGUGGCGAUAAUAAAGAACUCAUACUCAACAAUGUAUCAAAAGAAAAUCUUCAUGAAGAAAAUGUACAGGUAUCAGAAGCAAGUACAGAAGACACUAAGGAAUUGACAGCUUGCACACAGGGCGUUAAUACUGCUGUCAUGUCAGAGAACGUAAUGAGUUUCAGUGGUGAACAACAAACAGAAAGGGUGGACUGCCUCCAAGUUGGCAGUGCAAAUAAUUUGUUUCCAGAAAUCACAAAAUUGAUACCUGGUAUUCAGAUUCCUGAUGUAAAGGAUGUGGAGAAGAUAUCGAUUUUUAGUAAUGAGCAGCAGCAGAUGUGCAGCAGUGUAAUUAAAGAGGAAGAAGCUAAUGGAAAAACUAUAUCUUUUUUACAAAGUGCUGCGGAAAAUAUUACCAACCUUGAAAGUAUGAAAUUAGCACCAACACCUCAGGAUUUUGUCACCUCUGAACUGAUAGCUUUCAGUAAUGAGCAACCGCAAAUAUAUAGCAGUGGAAUGAAAACAGAGAUAUGUAAGGAAGAUAAUUAUAUAGAAAAUAACUUCUAUACAGAUACCACCAAGAUAUUACCAUUUUACUCUUCAAAAAAUGAUACCAAGGAAUUUAGGGAGAAGCUUUCAGAUGUCAGUUGGAAUAUCGAACAGCAAAAUUGGAAGCAUGAAGCACUAGACAAUAUCUCAGAAACCAAUAUGUUUAAAUUAAAGGCUGAUGCAGAAAUCACUACACCCUUAGAAGCAACAAAAUUGCAAUCCAACUUGCAGAUUCAUGAGCUGAAGAACGGAAAAGAUUAUUUACUGGCUUCCAAUUUUAAUGGUGAUAAGUGUCAAACCUCCAGUGGAGAACCAGAAGAAAAAGUCUUUCAAGAAGAUGUGAACAGCCUUAAGGUGGAAGGAGGAAGUAUAAUUCCAGAAGCCAAUAAACUGACACCCAUGCCUCAGGACCCUGAAGAAGUAGAGCUAGAGUCACUGGACUUUGAAAAUGAACAACAGCAAACCUGCAACACUGAAAGCAAAGAGGAAAAUAACAUUCUGACUGACAGCAAGAAUAUUUCAGACCAAGACCCUAUGGGACUGUUAUCCAGCUCCCAGAAAUGUGAUACUGAGAACGAUGAAGAUAAAUUUUUGGGAUUCAGCUUUGACACUAAACGACAGACAUGCAGCAGUGAAACAAAAUUAAGCAUCUUCAAAGAAAAUGCAUGCAUUGAUAAAAUGGGUAUAGAAAACUCUGCUUUUACAGAAAAUGUGAAACUGUUAUCUAGCUCUGAUGUUGCUACUGAACUGCAGGAGACUACAAACAGUACUCUCAGUGAAGCUCAGCAAAUAUCCACUGAUGAAAUAAAAGAAAACUUCUCUGUUGAAAAUGUACAUCACCUUAAAACUUUAAUCCCAGAAUCCAGUGAGCUCUCUUGUAAUUCUUUGCAUUCCGAUGCAACAAUACAAGAGGAUAUUUUAAGGCAAAGAUACAACAGUGAGAAACAACAGACCCUGAACCUGAGUGGAAAAGAAAGUGUUUAUGUGAAUAGUGUUGGGAGCAUGGAAAAAGGCAUGACUUUUGGAAUAAAUCCUGAGAUGGAGUUUCCUCUUUGCACUCUGUCUGUUUCUGAAGCUGUGGAAAUAAACCAGCUGUUGGCUGCAACUUCAGAUGGUGAGCAACAGCAGACAUAUGACAAUCUCAUUUCACAUAGUACCUGCGGGGAGAAAUUAAGUUUGGCGAUGGAUUUUGCUUUAGGAAGUGGCACACCCUCAGAAGAAAUGGAGAAAGAGCUCCUCUCAACAGGAGGCAUGGGCUAUAAAAACCAUGCUGCAUCUCUGGAAACUCAGGUUAGCGAACCCAUGACCACUGAAAGCAAGGAACCCAGCAGUACAACUGAACACCUGUUCUUAUUGCACAUUGGAGAUGCAUCAGAAAGCUGCUUAAGAACUGGUGCCAGAGAACAGGAAAACCUAACGGGUGUUCUACCAACAGGGAAUUGUGCUGGAAUAGAUCAAAAUUCCAUUACAAAACAGUCCUUUGUGUCUGAUAUUGAAUUUGGAAAUGAGUUCUUGAUUGCAGUUGAACCAACAACCAAACCAGGAUGCAGUUCCUCCCACAUAUUAACAGGUGUAAAGGAAGAGGAGGUUCUGCGUGCUGUACGUAAGAACGCUGAAGUGAGACUAAAUGAAAGAGGACUUAAUGAAGGAUUGAAGAUUGAAAGUCAUUUUCCUGAAUCUGCCUCUUCUUCACCUUCUGCACAUGGAAAGGAUGCUAUGGGUGUAAUUUGCACGGUAACAACAGCUGCACUGGAUAAAGACAGCAUGACCACAAGUGCUUCCUUGGCUUCUGAGAAGAAAGGGUCAGCUCCACCUCUCCUACUUGCACCUGUUGUUCCUGAUCCACCACAACCCUCAGAGCAUGCUAAGCCACUGGAUGAUGCUGAAGUUCCCCAGAAUCAUCUUGAGCAGAUUCCAUUAAGUGUUUCCUUGAUUUCCGAACUGAAAGAAUCAGUUUCACCUCAACUACUUGCACUUGUUGCUUCUCAUCCUCCACCACACUCGGAGUACACUGAGCCACUGGAUGAUGCUGAAAUUCUCCAGAAUCACCUUGAACAGACUCCAUUAAGUGUUUCAUCACCCUGUGAUAGACAAGAAGAUUUACAUCCUCUGUUUGCAGUCACUCCUCAUAUUGUUCCUGUUGAGGUUGUACAAGAGUCUUCUGAGAAAAUUACAAAAAGUACUUCUGUGCCUUGUGACAUCAAAGAUACAGGCAGUUUUGCUCUGCUAUUGGAUGUUCCUCCUCUGCCAAAGGAUGGUGUACAUCUCCAGGAUGAUGCUGAACAGUCCUGUUUAAGCAUUCCUGUGCCUUGUGAUUAUGGAGAGGAAAUCGACCCUUUUCUUCCAUCUGUAGCUUCUUCACUCCUACAAUCAAAUGGUAUAGAUGAGCCACUCUUUGAUACAGCACAAAUCCUAAAAGAGCUACACAAUAUUGUGUACAGUGACAUUGCAGAGUCAAUUCCUCCUCCUUCUCUUCCUCUAUGCAGUGAUACAGAUGCUGUUGAUGUGGAACAUGUUUCAGUAAGUGUUUCUGUGACCUCUGAUUCUGAAGAGCCAGUUCCUGCUCUUUCUCUACCUCUUCUACUUCCAACUCAGCAAUCUGAUGAUAUAGAUAAGCCAGCCAUUGAUAUAACAGAUCUACAAAAAGAACUCGUGAGUGUUUCUUUGUCAAGUGAUUCUGAACAGCCAAUCGUUCCUCCUCUUCCAUCUGUAACACCUCCUCUUUCACCUGAAGGGAGUAACGAACCACAGGUUGAUGCGACAGACCUGCAAGAACUUGUGAGGAGCUCAGACUCAGAGGGAGCGUUUGAGACACCUGAAGAGACAACACCUGUCAAAGUCCCUCCGCAAAUCUCUCCUACUGCUGCUGAAAAGGAAAGCCAAGAACAUCUGCCUUCAGUACAAUCAGUGUUUUUUCCCGAUGAUAAUCAGAUUGCUGUUGGUCCUGAAAACUCGCUGCAAGAAACUGAUUCCUUCAGACCUCUCCCUGAGUCAGCUUCAAUUGUCUUUGAUGAAGAUAAACCGAUAGCCAGCAGUGGAGCUUAUAAAAUUGAUUUUGAUAGUCUUGAUGUUUUAGACUCUUUCCAACCUCACUCCCCUUUGGAUCCAAGUUCACCUGUGAAAUCAGAAGGUUCCAAGAUUUGUGGACAAGCCAGUGAGAAGUUUCUGCAUGCUCCAAGCAGUACCAGCUCGGCACCACCACAAUCUCCUCCAUUCACACGGAAGUCUGAUGGAACUACAGAUGUUGGUCGCACAGAGGAUGUGGCAAAAACUUUGCAGGCAGAGGCCUUUAGCAUAGCCUCAGAUAAUGCUCAUGGUGUCAAGAAAAAGAAACCUAGACCACUAUCUUUAAAAAGGAAGACUAAAUCAGAGAAACCAGCAGAGACACAAGCAGAAAAACCAACAGAGAACCCAACUGCGGCAGAAACUCAAGCAAGGCCUACAGUCCUUGAGGCUAAUAAAGAAGUGACUAUAUCGCAAUCAUCCUGCAAUAGUUUACAAAGUGCAGUAAAUCAACAGGACUCUCCCAUUCCUCAUCAGGCUUCCUGCAGCUUUGAUCCAGAUAAUCUUUCUGACCAUAAUCCAUUUGCAAGUGGAGAUAAACAACAAAACAUACCAGUAGCACAGAGUGAAAGUGAGACUGUUACUGUUGUGUUAAAAGAAUCCGAUAAAAUAGCACUGGAGUCUGGAACACUUUCAGAUCCUCCAGCUGUGGGCCAUGCAGUGAGGCUGGAAUUUGAUUAUUCUGAGGAUAAAGACAGUUUUGAAACUGAACAAGAUAAAAAGCCUGUUCCUAAGAAAUUUGGCAAAAAAUCAGGUGGAAAGAUGCCACUUAGAAAGCCAAAGAUAGGAAUCAAGAAGGUUCCAACAGUUGAAAAGGUAGACAAUGCUCUUGCUACACCAUCUCAUUCAACUGCUGAUCCUGAUGAUAUCCCUAUUCCAAAGACCACAUAUUCAUUUGACCCUUCUAAAUGGGAUGAUCCUAAUUUCAACCCAUUUAGCAGUAAUGUACAGGUUCCAAAUUCUCCCAAGUUGCCUCAUGCUUCAUUCAGUUUUGACAUGGACAACUGUGAUAACUCUGUGGACCCAUUUAAAUCUUCUACAAAAAUCUCAGGAUCCCCUUCCCAUUCCCCUGCUUCAUUCGAGGUGAAUGAUGACACUGGUACUAGUGAGGGGGAUGUUAAUAAUAAAACAUCGAAGAAGAAGAGGCUACCUUUAAAGACAAAUACUUUUAGGGUGAAGAGAUCCCCGAAGCGUUCCUCACUAUCUGAAGCAUCCUCGCAGGAAUCAACCCCACUUACUACCCCUGAGACCCCACAAGUAAUUGGCACGGUGGAACAUGCCACUGAUGAAGAGAAACUGGCAUCUUCAGUGACAAACCAGAAAUGGUCCUACUCUGGAAUACAAAGCGAAUUGGAAGAAGAUAAACCCGAUUAUCCCCAGCCUUCAGAUCUUUCUGCAUUCGUGAAUGAGAAUUCUGAAUUUGUAAAUGAGAACUAUUCUUCAGCGGUUUUGGGAUAUGAACAUUCUUUAGAAAUAGAGUACAUGGAAAAAAUUGGUUCAUCAUCACCUCACCAUGAUACAAAUGCAAAAAAACAGUCCAUGUACUUAAAGAUUGAUUCUCUGAAAGACAGUCCAAUAAAAUGUCCUCCCAUCAGACUAUCUGACUCAACCACUCCUUGUUCAGGAUCAAGUUUAGAUGAUGCAGAUGAUGGUGUGCCUUCUACUGCAAAUAAACUUUCUGUCACCCGACCUUUGGCUUCCAGCCAGGAAGCGCUUUUACAGUCACCUGACAAAUUGAAAGACACAGAUUCCCUGAACUCAUCUCCAGCAAAAUCAGACCUGGCAACUCCUAAGGAACCAGUUGCCUCUGCAGAUGCCUUGUUAAGUAGGAUUUUAAGACACACAGAUGAUGAGCUUGACUAUCUGCAGCCUGACACAGCUGAAAAGAACCCUUCGGCAUUUGCGUACAAGUUACAGGAAGAGCUAGUGUAUGCAGCCAUGAGGAUAGAAGCACUGAAGCUAGCCAAACAGCUUUCCAACUCUCCCACCAGCUCCUUAGAUAAUGAGAUCAGAGGGAGGAGUACAGCUCGAAGACAGUGGGCCAAUUUUUGUUCAUACUUACAACAGAGAGACAGUACACCAUCAAUGGACACUCCCAUCACAAAGGGUGCACUGUACUCUAGAACUGGUGACAGUGAGGUUGAUGACACUCAAGCAGAUGGACAUCACUACAACCAAAGAGAUUUGGAUUCUGCUCUCAGAACAGCUCGGGAGGAGAUUGUUGCUCAGGAAAGAGAAGCGGCAGACUGGAAGAGGAAAUAUGAUGAAAGUAGGCAAGAGGUUGUUGAGAUGAGGCGGAUUGUUGCAGAGUAUGAGAAGACCAUUGCUCAAAUGAUAGAGGAUGAUCAUAGAGAGAAGUCCAUCUCACAUCACACAGUGCAGCAGCUAAUAAUGGAAAAGGAUCAGGCUCUGUCUGAUCUGAACUCCGUAGAGAAAUCCCUAGCAGACCUCUUCAGAAGAUAUGAGAAGAUGAAGGAGGUGUUAGAGGGUUUCCGGAAGAAUGAGGAAGUGUUGAAGAAAUGUGCCCAAGAGUACCUCGCCCGAGUAAAGAAAGAAGAACAGCGGUACCAUGCUCUCAAAAUCCAUGCAGAGGAGAAGCUUGAUAAGGCCAAUGCUGAGAUCGCUCAAGUACGAGCCAAGUCCAAAUCAGAGCAGGCAGCCUUUCAGGCUAGUUUACGGAAAGAACAGAUGAAAGUCGAGUCACUGGAGAGAACCUUAGAACAAAAGAAUAAGGAAGUAGAAGAACUGACAAAAAUCUGUGAUGAACUGAUUGCCAAAAUGGGGAAGAGUUAAUGUUGCCUAAAUUUUUUUAAAUAGGGGAAAAAAUUCUGAGUGCAAUAAAGCCAGUGGUGCAGUAAUGUUGGCUGACCUAUGUGGACAUUGGGGAUUUCACCACAUUUUCAAUGCACUAUUUCUCUUUCCACUGAGGACUGUUUAAUGUACCUAGCAUUCAAAUGGUCCAUGGAAGUUUUCUUUUUACUGUCUGCUGUAUUGUAGUAUGGCACACGACAAGUGAUAUGAGUUCCUGUAUCAGGGAGAUUGGUUCUUUAAUGAUUAGAUGAGCUGCAUUAGAUAUUGGGAUUAAUUUUUUGUUUGUUUCUUUGUUUCUUUUUAUGGGUCCCCAUGUAUUGUGUCUUCAAAGUUUCAAUUUACUGUACAUUAUAUUACUGCAAGAGAAGUCUUGCCAAUUUUCAGUGAAGCCUUAAGAGUCUAGACUUGAUCUGCAUUUAUGGAUUUGUAAAAAUGCAUGUGUGUCAAUGAAGUUCUCUAUUGUAAAUAAAAUUUAGUUUAAAAUCA